CAAUAUUCGAAACCAGAAUUCGAAAAGUUUGACGGACUUUCUUCGUUCUUCGAUAUGUGCGUGCCAGUGAGUGAUUCUGUGCUUAUAGUUUUGUGAGAAGAAAAUUGUGAAAUGUUGAAGCGUUUUGCAAAGACUAUCGGCGUUUUUGGAUAUGUCAUUCAGUACGGCUGCUGGACACAUUGUGUAUUCGAGUACAUCGGUGAUUUUGUGAUCUGUUCGGGACCAUCCAUGGAACCAACUCUACGUUCGAACAAUAUAUUGAUCACCGAGCGAAUCAGCCCACGCCUGCAACGAAUAUCGCGCAACGACAUAAUCAUAGCGAAAAAUCCCAACAAUCCGAAGCAAAACAUAUGCAAACGCGUCAUUGGCUUGCCGGGCGACAAAAUUCUCACCCCGAUCCAUUUAAAUCCAUUCACAAACAACGACAGCAAUUCAACCGUUGACCAAACGGAUGAUAAAUCGUCAACGACAAUUUUAUCCAGUAAAAUUGUUGUGGUUCCUCGCGGACACGUUUGGAUCGAGGGCGACAAUUCGGGGAACAGUUCCGAUUCGAGGUUUUAUGGACCGAUACCGCAGGGAUUAAUUCGUAGUCGUGCUAUGUGCCGCAUAUGGCCGUUACAGGAUAUUACAAUAUUUUAAAUUUUUUAUUUUAAGUUCUGGAUGGAAGAGACGCGUUGGCUGCUAGUGAGUAGUGAAUUUAUUGUUAGAAUACGUUAGAUGUAUUUAAGCGGUUUUUUUCGGAAUAUUACAAUAAAUUGUACAAUGGAUCGUUCGAGACGAUUUAAUCUGUACAAAAGGAGCCC